AUGCUUGGUUUUCAUCUUAGAAUUUACAUUUUUUUAGAGAUGUAAUUUAAUAUGAGUUAGAUAUACAGGUGUAAAUGACUCAAUAAAUGAUUAAAUCAAAAUGUAAAUAAGCUUUGAGGGAGUAUAAUAAACGAAAUAAUGUGUAGCAUCAACAUCGUUCUGAAUAAAUUAAAAAGCAGUAUGCAUUUAUUGAGAAUCGAAUAAAGGGUUUGCCAUGAGUCACACAAUAAAACGACUUGUUUUUUCAAAGCGUUCAAUUGUUGCUGCUCAUCGUUCAAUCAAUAAGAAGAAAAAAGGAAAAAAACAACAACAACGUGACACUCUUCAGAAACAUGUGCCAGCAACCAAUGCACAUCGAGCCUGUUAUAAAUGAAGGAUGACGUCCAUAUUUUGGCCAAUGAGCGGAGGGACAGGAACAGCCCUAUGAAACACUGCGUUGCGUUGACCCAAACAUGAUCGCGCCCGCUGCUGCCAUCCACUGACAGCCGGCGAAGUUUUUCCGACUUGACCGAAGUGUGCUUGUUUUGGAUUUUAUUAUUCCGUUUAACGGUAUCAGUUGAUUGAUAACGCUCCUUUCUGCCUUUGUACUAUGAUGAUGGUCUGAUGAAUAAUCAUGGUGGUGAAUUCAGUACAUUGGUUUCGCAAAGGGCUGCGUUUGCACGAUAAUCCUUCAUUGCAGGAGGCCCUUAAUGGAGCAGACACUGUUUGUUGUGUUUAUAUUCUGGAUCCGUGGUUUGCUGGCUCCGCUAACGUAGGAGUCAACCGAUGGAGGUUUCUAUUGGAGUCUUUGGAGGACUUGAACAACAGCCUGAGGAAACUAAACUCCAGGUUGUUUGUGGUUAGAGGACAGCCCACGGAUGUUCUCCCAAGGCUUUUCAAGGAGUGGAAUGUCACCCGGCUGACGUUUGAGUAUGACCCAGAGCCUUAUGGGAAAGAGAGAGACGGGGCCAUCAUCAAGGUGGCUCAUGAGAUGGGCGUUGAGACCAUAGUCCGAAACCUGCACACCCUCUACAACCUCGACAGGAUUAUAGAGAUGAACAACAACAGUGCUCCACUGACCUUCAAGCGUUUCCAGACCAUCGUGAACAGGCUGGAUCUGCCCCGACGGCCUCUGCCUACCGUCACCCCGCAGCAAAUGGAGAGGUGUAAAACACUCAUAGCUAAAGACCACGAUCAACAUUACAGUGUACCCUCACUGGAAGAGCUGGGCUUCAAAACGGAAGGUCUACCUCCCGCGGUCUGGAGAGGUGGGGAGUCUGAGGCACUGGAGAGACUCAACAAACACCUGGACAGAAAGGCAUGGGUGGCAAACUUGGAGCACCCUCGGGGGGUCUGCUCUUUAUUCGCCAGUCCGGCGGGCCUCAGUCCCUUCCUGCGCUUCGGUUGUUUGUCCUGCCGGGUAUUUUACUACAACCUGAGAGAACUAUACAUGAAGCUGCGUAAGCGUUGCAGUCCUCCGCUGUCCCUGUUCGGACAGCUACUGUGGAGGGAGUUUUUCUACACGGCGGCCACCAUCAACCCAAACUUUGACCGCAUGGAAGGAAACCCCAUCUGUGUCCAGAUACCCUGGGACCAGAACCCACAAGCGCUGGCUAAAUGGGCCGAAGGGCGGACGGGCUUCCCCUGGAUCGACGCCAUCAUGACCCAGCUACGGCAGGAGGGCUGGAUCCAUCACCUGGCCCGGCACGCCGUGGCCUGCUUCCUCACCCGGGGAGACCUGUGGAUCAGCUGGGAGAGCGGCAUGAAGGUGUUUGAGGAGUUGCUACUCGAUGCUGACUGGAGCGUGAACGCUGGCAGCUGGAUGUGGCUCUCAUGCAGUGCCUUCUUCCAGCAGUUCUUCCACUGCUACUGUCCUGUUGGCUUUGGGCGGCGGACAGAUCCAUCAGGAGAUUAUAUCAGGCAUUACAUCCCAAUCCUGAAGGACUACCCAAACCGCUACAUCUACGAGCCCUGGAACGCCCCCUUAUCCGUCCAGAAGGCCGCCCACUGCGUGGUGGGCGUGGACUACCCCAAACCCAUGAUCAACCACGCCGAGGCCAGCCGGCUGAACAUAGAGAGGAUGAAGCAGGUCUACCAGCAACUGUCCCAUUACAGAGGCCUCAGUCUCCUUGCAUCGGUGCCAACCAUCCAGGAGGAGGCGGAGCCACCGAUGACGGACGAGUCCCAGACCAGCAGCGGUCCUGAUUCUCCAGUCCAUGAGCCAGCGGCCUGCCCACUGGUCCCAGACUCCUCCAGAGCAUGCAUGUCCUCUCCUGCCCCAGGCCUCAACGUCUCUGCAGCACACACUCCCGCCCCAUCCACACGGGAGCCGGCAGGCGUGGGCGCUGCAGCACCCCCUCAGGCCUACGCCUCCACCUCUACGGACCCCUCCACAUUCCUCGUCUUGUCCUCCGCGGCGGCCAUCACCAAGUUAUCCAUAGAUGGACCCGCCGCGGUGUUUCUCCACCCUCCCCCUAUCCCCUUCCCCUCCUCAAACCCAGCCACCGGUCAAACCCCCGCCAGAGACCCAGCAUCCAGCCCCGCCUCCCCAAACCUCAGUCCCGCCUCAAAGCCGUUCAGAGCUCUGUCCCCGCGUCCGGUUACGCUAGCGGGCCACCACGCACCGCUUCUGGGUCAGAGGAAGAAAGGCCCGCUCCGCAAGCACCGGCGCAGCCAGAGGGCCCGCGGGGUCCCGGGCUGCGUCCCGGGACCCCCGGUGGAAGGGGGGAAGGCCAUGAACGGAGCGGGGGGCGAGGGAGAGGAGUGUUGGAUGGAAGAGUGCAUGGACGAGGACAUGAUCCAGGACAGCCCAAAUGAUCAGCAGUGAUAGUUGGAGGUAAUUCCAAGGUGAGAUGCUGCAAUAUGAAAAAAAGCUAGGUCGAUUGCAGCUCCUGUUGUCCUUUUUAUAUAGAUUUGCACACAGAUAAUUGAAAUGAAUAUAAUAUUGAGCAUUCAACAUCAUCCACAUUCUGAGGAAUGGGUAACCAUUUUUUACUGUUCUUAUCUUGGAAUUGUUUACUGUAAAUAGUUUGAAUGAAUAGCCAUUAUAAUGAUUAAUGGGUACGUUUCCAUAGCCAUAAAAUUACAACGUAUUAAUCUUAUUCGGGUUGAAUACUCAAAAAGUGCUUAUAUAAUGCCAGAAAUAGUAUUAAAUGGUAUAAUGUUAGGAAGGUUUGACUGAAAUAAGGAAGUGACAUUGUCCUAUCAUUGGCCAUAUUCUGUAGCCUGACGAUGUCAUACUCAUAAUUCUAUAGCCUGACGAUGUCAUACUCAUAAUUCUAGUCAGAAUAUGAGUCUGAGACCGAACCAUUGGGCUGUGAUUAUAGGGCGGAACCAGGAAGGAAAAUGCCUCUUCGCUCAAUUGGAUAGACCUAAAAUCAAUCAGAGCAACGUAGUAUGUGACGUAUGUUGUGCGACGCACAGCUAUUCUCAAACUAACUCAACUGAGCGCACGUUCGAAGAAGUAGAAAAAGAAGAUGGACAUAAACGAUUUAUGCCGGUUUUGUAAAAAGAAUUUAAGGAUACACGGACAAAUUGGCAACACGGUCAGCAUUUUUGAGAAAAAAAGUAAAAGUGCAUGCACGUACGUUGGUGACGUGGUUGAUUACGUUAAUGUGUAUCAUCUGUCCAUCAACGUAUAAAGCCCGCCCUUACAAUUUGAUUGGUCAGAUCACUUUUUCGAGGCCUUGAAUAGCUCCCAUCCCAGACCAAAAAUUUUGUGGGCGGAGUUCAGGCUGGUAUCCAGGCUACAUAUUCUGUAUCACAAGCAAGCUUUUUGCUUCUCUUUAGUAUGGUAGAAUGUGAAACUAUAAGCACAGACUAUUAAUGCAGCUUAUCUUAAGACAGUAUUCAUGAUAAAGUAUAUUUACUAAGCAGACAAAAGUUAAUGCCACAUAUUCAGAGCAAGUUCUUGGGUAACAGAAACCUAUUUUCUAUGGCUUAGUAUUUUGAAGUACUGUCAGUGGUGAUAAUCACCUUUUAUAAUGAUAACAUGUUUUUCAAAUGUGUUUCUAAAUUAUUAUCAGGGAAAAUAAGGAAAGGUUUUCUGUUAUAUAACAAUUCUAUAAUCUGCCAAUACCAUUACUAAAUAUAUUUACAUUUCCACAGCCGUUUUCGUAAUGUGACUAAAAUAAAUAUUUGUCUAACCUUUUAAUUAAUUAUAUUUUCAAAUGUAUUUCUGACCUUGAUAGAUCAUAGUAUUAUUAUUAAAUGUAAAAAUGUAUUUGUAAUUAUGUAAACAGUUCUGUAGAAAAUAGUUAUACUAUGUCGUCUAUAAACACAAAAGAUAACAACACACACAUACACUGUAUUAAAUUCAACUGUAUGGUGGUGUUUCUUUUUAAAGACUACCUUGACCAAAGUUUGAUAACACAGUAUGUUCAAAGUCUUUUUCUUAAUCGGCAUUUGGUGUUAAACUGUAAGAAUUUCCUUUUAUCUUGAUUCUUACCCAUAUCCAUCUAUAUGAAAGCAGUUUUUGUUUGGUAUUCUUUGUAAUUAGACAUACAUGUUUUACAAAGGGAGUAUUUUUUGUUUACUGGCCUGAUGAAGUGUAUGUAAAAGAGUAUAUGUACACCAUAAUCGAUAGACCAACAUUUGACAAAAAACACGUUCAGCAUUGUCUACAUAAAUUAUUGUGGACGCAAAAGUAUAUUAUUAGGCACUUUAUUGGAGAAAGUAAGAAAGUUAUUGUUUCAUUGCUCGAAAGUAGUUUGUGGUACAAAUACCACCUACCUGUGAAACCAUCCCUUGUCUCAUCAGAUGCUUGUGUACAUGAAUUAUUCUGAUUUACAUUGUGUAUCUUGUUAAGCCAUCUGGACUAUAUGUUCUAUUUGUGUUGUUUUGCGUUGUACUUUUUCAUUACAAUUGUGGUGUAAUAGGUUUGGUGGGUGCUCUUUUUUUGUUUUUUGUUCUUCUGUUUUCAGUAGUUCUGCAUAUUUUAAACAGAAUUUAAAAAAUAUAAAUAUUUAUUGUGCAUAAUAUUUGUUCAAUAAAAUGUUAUGAAUACUGAA